CAAACCGUUCGGACGUGUCGCUCUCCGUGCGAGGGUGUGUGAGUGCGAAUAUAAAUAUCGGGAAAAAGCUCGCACGUGCGACGCUUGCGAAAAGUAAUUGGAAAUAUAUAUUUGCGAGGAGAGGGGCCCUGCAGGGCGGAAUCCAAAUAAAUAUUCGACGGCGAGUGCGAAAAUAAUUUGCAAGCGCAAGAAGAUUAUAAAUAGUGCAGCACAACAGCAGCAACAACAACGGCAGCGGCAGCAGCUCAAUAAAAGAAUUUGUCAGGCGGCGUUUGUUGUUGUCCUCCCUCUCUCUCCCUCUGCCGCACUCGCUGCUGCUCUCCGCUCGCCUCUUCCGUCUCUGUCUGCCGGCCUUCGUCGCGAGUGUGCGUGUGUCUCCGCGUAUCCGUGAGUGAGUGUGUGCAGCGCAAAGAUAAAAAGUUGAGAAAUUGAGAUAUACGAAAUGAAAUACAAAAAUUCAACUUAAGAAAUUGCGCCGAGGAAAUUAAGUUAUGGCGAAAAUUUAAUAAGUGCAGGGCAUUGGAAAAGUGCGCACAAGUCUUACACAGCCGACCAACGCCGGCCGAUGUAUAUUUCUAUAAAUACGACUGAAAUAAUAUCGAAAUAUUCUAAACACGCGACAAAAUAAAGAAAGAAAGAGCAAUCCUGUGAGUGUGUUGUGUGUGAGCUGAAAUGCCGUCGGCAAAAUGCUAAAUGCGAAAGGCAGCAAAUAAGUUAGCUGGCAGGCAAAUCAAACAAAACAAAAAUCAACAAAUGUGCCAAAUUGUUAAGUGAAGGAACCGGACCGAUUGGAAAAUAGUCCUAAAACAAGUCGUAAUGCAAUAAAUUCGGAUCCCAACCGCAGUUCGAGUUAGAAAAAAUUAAAAGUCUAAAACAAUUGGUAAACAAAAUAGCGAAUUCUUACAGGGGAUUCCAAAAGAUCUACCUUGAUCUUACGUAAUCGUCUUCAGGAAAAUGUUGCACGCCUGAAGGAUACAAAGCAUAACCUGCUAAGGAUGGAAUACUAGUGCAGUCCCAACGAUCGAAACUGGUUAUCAAAGUAUCGCCCAAAAAUGACCGAAUACGUGACGCCCAUGAUCAGCACCGUCUUGAAGAAAUACCAGACGAGUGCCACCAAAUCGCUGCAGGGACCGGGACACACCCUGACAUCCGCCGGUGUCCUUGACAUCGCCACCAAUGGAAGAAGUGACAGUCCUGGCCUGGGCUUGUCGAACGGAAAGUGUCAGGCCUCCCCACCAGUUGUGGCUCUUAUAAAGAAGGAAAUACUCAGCUCGCCAGAGCCCCAGGAACUUCACCACGAGUGCUCCUCGAGGGGCACGCCCCCACAGAUAUAUCCGCCCGCCACGCCCCCCAGGGAACUGUCGCAGCCGAUUCUAUCCGUAGCGGAUGCGGGAUGCGGAGAACUCUACGAGACGAAGCUGGAGGGAAAGACCAUAGGCUGCUUUUCCGUUGGCGGAGAAAUGAGACUUUGCUUGCCCCAGUUUCUCAACAACGUCCUAAACGACUUUUCCCUGGAGCAGAUCAACCGGAUCUUCGAUGAGCUGGGCAUAUAUUGCUCGCAGUGCACGCCCGAUCAGCUGGUGGAGUUCAAGGCCGCCAAGAUCCUGCCGUCGGACGUUAAGGCCAGCGGGCUGAUCACCAGGACCGACGCGGAGCGACUUUGUGCGGCUCUGCUCCAUCGAUCGGACCGGAAUAGCUAUGUGCCGAUCGAGAGCUUGGCCAAGGGAGCGCUCAGCUUCCACGUUUAUCACAAGUGCUUUGGCAAAUGCGAGGGCAUCUGCACCCCCGACAUGUACUCGUACCAGAAGCCGACCUGCAUCCAGUGCCUGGAGUGCGACGGCUGGUUUUCGCCGCAGAAGUUCGUGGGUCAUGUGCACCGGAAGUUCGAGAACCAGACCUGUCACUGGGGCUUCGAUUCGCGCAACUGGCACGACUACCUCCACGUGGCGCUGGAUGUCGAGAACCGCGAGAAGUACCAGAUCAUCCUGGAUCAGCUGAAGGAGGUUGAGCUCAAGGAGAUGCACAAGGCGCAGCGUGAGCUGGACCACAAAAAAAGAAAGGCGGAAAUGCUUAUGGAUGACGGUCUCUUGGGCUCGGGGCAUGUUCUGGGAUUGGCUGGCCACCCACAUGGCUUGGUGGGCGCCUUGGCCCCGCCCCCGCCUCCGCCGCUGAAGCAGCCGCAGAUGGACAUUCCCAGCGGCAAGAAGCAGCUGCAGCAGCUCAAGGGGACGUCGGCGGCGGCUUCCACGUUCGAGUACCACUAUCAGUUCAUGUGUGCGCACUUGGAAAGGGAGCGAGAGCACCUUCCGCACUCGCACCCCCUGAGCCACCAGCAUCGGGCUGUUCUGGUGGCCCACCCACAUGGACCGCAUCACCACCCACCACCCACGCUGAACUCCGCGUCGGCCUUCCGACCUUGGGGACCCACCAACUCCAAGGCUUUUCUGCACGCCUAUAACGCCACGCUAUCUUCCCUACCAUACGCCUGCCAGGAACCACCAGAACUCCAGAAUCCUGAGCGGGUGGUGAGGAGUACGGACAAGAGAUAUGCGGAGAGGACUUACCAACCCAACGUGGCCUUGGCCCCGCGGAAGAGUAUACUGUCUAAGGAGAGGGACAAGGACAGGGAGCGCUUGGAAAGGGAGGUAAUGGUGCGUCAGAGAUUGAGGGAAAAGGAGACGGAUCACCAGGUGGUGCACAUUAAGCAGGAGCGAUCGCAGACACCACCGCCACCCACGACAUCGCCACCCGAGGUACUGCAGGCCCCUCUGGACGUCGUAGAGGCACCUCAGACCUCCUCGAGUGGCAGCAAUUCCCCACUACCCGCCCAUCUGCCUGCAACACCAGCCACUAGACCACCCAAUGCUGCCGAUGCACCGCCAACACCCACUAACCUCCGAAACAUGCGCAGUCCGGAGGAGUUUUCAGCGGGAGGCAGCAAUGAGAUUACGUCCUCCACGUCGCCACACCAUCAGCAGUCGUCGCACCUCCAGGUGGUGCCACAAUCGGCAGGAGCUCAACCCCCGUCGCAGCACGUUAUAGCCACCGUUAAUCAGCAUGCCAAACUUUUGCCCAGUUCCAGUUCCCUACCAAACGGCAAUGGAAGUUCACCACUGGCCGCCACAAACAACGAACCGAGUCGGAUUAGGAUCAACAAGAACCUGAUGGGCCACCAGCCGGUGGUUGGGGUGAGCGGCAUUGCUCCACACCACAACUCGCACCACCCAACGCACAUGCACCACUUCAGCCUUGGGUACUACAAGAGCCAGGCCUCCUCACCCACUCAAUCCUCCAGUGCUGGCCUGAACCUGAGUACCCACUCAUCGAAUGUGGUCAGUUCGCCCCAUCCUCCGAACCAUCAGAAGUCCCAGCACAGUUCCGGGGGCUCUGGGAUCCAUAGCUUGAAAAAUGGUAAGCCCCAUUUGGGCAGCGAAUUCGAGUUAUCCACGGACACUGAUGAUACUGACAGUCUGAACGGAGAGCCCGACUCGAGUGCCAUGUUACCACCUUGGGAGCAGGCUGUGGAAUCCCUGAGAGAAACUCGACCCAGAGACCGGGAGAGAGUCCUUCACCUACUCCAGAGAUUACUGCAAGAGAACCAUCAAUACCGAUAUAAUAACAUACAGUUGAGUGAACUGCUCCACAAGCAGGAUCUCCACAUAGCCGACCUUACGGAGCAACUUCAGAGAUAUCGCAGGCAAUGCGAGGAGCAGGUCUGCAAAGUAGACCUUCGAAAGAUGCCAUACAAGCCGCAAACCCGGCUGGAGGAGCCGGUAGAAGAGGGUCGGGGAGAUCCCGAAGAGAACGAGGACUUGGAGGAAGAGGAAAUGGAGGACAGGGCUAAUAACAAUAACCAACAGGAGCUGUCUUCCCUGGCAAAGCCCCCAACAAAUGGCCUGCGACGAAUUGCCACGCCCCUAAACUGUUGUGUGAGUGAAGGGGAUUUCGGAAAGCUUGGUGAGCCCGAAAGCAAAAGAAUAAAGCUGCAGGCCGAAGAGAAACUUGAGGACCGGCAGGUGGAAGAAGAGGAAAGUCCCUCUAAUAUGUCGGAGCCAGGCGACUUGGAAAAACCCCAAGAAAGUGGCGAGAAAAGCCCGCCAAAUAGUAAUCUAAAAAGUCCCCUGCCAAGUCAAACAUCCAGCGACGAGGACAUGGAGGAAGAUGAAGACGAGGAGGACGAGGAGGAUGACGAAGAAGUUCAGAUAGAAGCCCCCCACAGCAGUGCUUUGGCCAUGCCCCCCACGGCCACAACGCCCCUGUCGCCGGACUCGGCGGCCACUGCCGGACAGUUGUUUGAUAGUAGCAACAGCAGCGAUGAGUCCUCGAUGAAAAAGGCCCAGAUGUCCGCCAGUCAUGCACUGGAAAAAAUAAGCAGUCGUGUAGGCAGUGAGGACAACAAUCAGACACGCGAAGAGGAAAGUCAGGAGGAGGAGGCAGAGGAGAAUGCAGUAGAAGACGAGUCCGAUGACGAUGAGGUGCCCCUGCAGCAGCGACAGCAGCAACAGCGCCACCGGGUGGGGCCUCAGACCGUGCUCGGUGGAGCAGCCCCCGUCGGACACCACCACGCACCACCACAUGCCCCCAUGGCCACCAAGGCCAGCAAGAAGCAAACGCCACCAGCACCACCCAGUGCAGCCACAUCCACCACAGCAUCAGCGACAACGAACUGCGAGUUACAAAUCAAGAAGGAAAUAACCUAGAGUUAAAUCCCACAGUCCCUCUCACAGAACGGCUCUUUCACACGCACGUCAAAACAGUUACAACUUAGUUAAGAUCCCCAUUUCUUUUUGAGAAGAAAGUGCCGACGAAAUUCAAGCACAAAGCCCAAUCGCACACAUUGCCUAUUCGCAAACAGGAAGAAAUUAUAUCUAAGCUAGGAAAAGCGGCUUUUGAAUUUGCUACACCUUUCAUACAAAUAAAUAAAUGAAGUGUGCGCAUCUUUGUAUCUUAUAAACUGUCAAAUCGAUGUGUAUUUCAAGCUUCUGAAAUCGAUAUGUAAAUCCAAAGGCAUUUUUUCUUACUUUCUUGCAUAACGUUUCCCUUCAACAAAACACUAUUCGAAAUUUUAAAGUACACUUGAAACCAUUUCACAUAGCUUGAAUUGAUCUCACUUUUAGAAAGAAAAGAACUAAUACAAAUUUAUUUAGGCUUUCCUAUUUCGAAAACUUCAGCGUUGCUUGCAGAAAUAAUACAUGAAACCAAAGCUUUAAAGGAAAAUUAACUUGUGUAUAUUAUUCAACGACCAAUUUGUGCGUGUGUUUUUACCACUUACUGUUAAACUAAUUAAGUUAUUCUUUUUACACUCGUCAGCUCGGAAAGACAAUUUAGGUCCAAACUAAUAUUUAAAGCGAGGCUUCGAAAAAAAAACUUAGUAAAGGUUUUUCUUUGGUUAGACAGGGAGCUGUAUUUUGUUUACAAAGGAAAUAUAUAUAUCGACCUCUGCAAACCGAUGUAAUUACAUUUAGUUUUACCUUGACUUAUGUUGAACAGAAACAGAAACACUGAUGGAGCAAAGAGAAAACACACAAAAUGAACCCACCACAGAUAACAACACAAAUAAAUGCUAACCACUUCUAAAAUAAUUAUUGUUAUAGGAGGAAAACAAAUGUUUAAAAAUAAGAUGUUGCCGCGUUAAAUUUAUACAAUAAAAAUAAGAGUAAUAUUCUACGAUAUAUAAUAGAGGGUGAGCAGCAAUUGCGGGAAUAUUAGUUAUUAUUAAGCCUCCACGAGAAGCACGAACAUAUACACAACAUAAAUAAAGAUUAAUAUUUAUUGUAGCAGCUAGUUCUAAUUCGAGCAAUUCUCUUAAUUGUAUAAUUAUAGACUUAUGUUAUCCUUCACCUUGUAAGCUUUGCUCUGUAGGCAUUUAGUUUCUUAGAGUCUUACCGUACCACAACAUUUGCUAAUAGUUUAAGGCUUCUGUGAGGGACAGUUCUGUGUCUAUUGAAAACGGCAUCGAAUGGUCUUAAUUUUUGUAUAUAAUUCUUUCUUCGACGAGAUUAGGGUACUACGGAUUUUAGUUGCCAACACUUUGUGAGAAACAUAUGUAUAUGCUAGAUAUCUUCUGGAUGAUAACCAACUGGAAACAAACCCAAGCCAAGAGCCAAGCGAAAAGAGCGCAGAGAUUUCUAAAAUCUAUAAACUUUUGUUAUUAAACAUAUUUCAUAAAUUAUUUAUGCUUGUGUGUGUUUGUACUUUCUAAAAGAAAACAUUUCGUUUUGUAUUUAAGAAUCCAUUUUCUAGGCUGAAACAGAGAAAAGGAAACAAAACUUUUAAACCAAUUCAAACCAAAUUUUGUCUAUAUUUUAAGCUAAAAUUAUGUACAUUUGAGCCAUUGAACAUAAAAUAAAACAUUUAUAAACAAUUAAAAUUGACCUAAGCAUGAGCAGUACAUUGUUAUGCUUAUUAAAGAAAGCUAAAUAAAAUAUAUACUGCAAAAACAAAAAAAACAUAUUACAAUUGCUAUGCAAAAAUAUAAAACAAAGCAAUUUACUAAACAUUGUAAAUUAAUUCUCUUAAAUUUUGUGUUUUAUUUUUCAGACCAGAACCAGUACGAUAAUAAUUACAUUAAUGAAAUUAUAUAACAGAUAAAGCAGUACAGUAUCGAUUGAAAAGGGACGAAAAAUGGUUAAUCAAAAACAUAAAAACGGUUUUCAGCAAAUUUCGUGUACUUAUGGCCAAAUUUUACAAACAACUAAAAUAGUUAAACAUACAUAGACGAGAGAAACCGAAACAUUUUUUGUAUCAUUUUUGCUAACAACCCAAAGAGAUAAACAACAAAAAACAAUCAUUUUUAUAAUUAAACGAUUAAAGUACAUUGACAAAUUUUACAUAACCCGAGUGUUUAUAUAUGAAAUAUAACAUAUUUAACUUUAAAUACGAGAAGGAACGAUGCCCAGCAAAAUGCGAGCGUCUUUGCCCCGCUUAUGAAUGCGACUUCAAAUUGUUCAAAGUUAAAUGUUCAAAGGCUAAGGAUUCAGAAGAACAAGAAAUCACAAAAUAAUGGCAUAAGUUACAUAUAUAUUAAUUAUUUAAGCAUGCAGCAACAAAUCCGCGUCUUGUCAAAAUACAACAUAUACAUAAUUAUAUGUCUGACGAUUCAGAAUGCAGAAAUAAAAUGUACAAAUUGUGGAGCAAAUUAACAAUAGAAAAUGUAGUGAGAAUUCGGGGGAUAGAGGAGUAUGAACGAAAACAUCAAAUGAAAUGCACCACAAGCAAACAAGUUUAAUCAAAUUAAACAGUUAAUAAUAAAACAAAUUUGACUUCAACGUUUCAUAUUUAAGUAGUGCAGAAACAAAUAAAUACAAAUGAGAACAAAAAUAAAUUAUUACAUAUGUAAUGAAAACAAAAACAACCAAUAAACAAGCGAUAAAUAUUAUGCAAAAUAUA